GGCUUAAAAAUUCAAAAAAUCCACAGGCCGCCAAGAGGUGCAUCCUCUCGUCCCCUCAUAUUAGCAAGAGAGAGCAAUUUUCUCCGCUCGACUGCAUCGCCGAAGAUGAGGAAGCUGAAUCGCAGAUCCAAGGAUUCUUCAAACCCCGCCGUUGCCGGCGCUGGUGCUCCGGAUGUUACCCAGCAGCAGUCGGAGAAGAGGAUUCGAGAUCUGGAGUUGGAGAACGGUGCUCUCAAGCGGGAGAUUGAAGAACUGAGAAGCAAACAGGGUGAUAUUUCAUCCGGCUCUUCUGUUACCCAACACUCAAGAGAAGAUUAUCAUCACAGGUCAAGUGCUGCGAAGGAGCAGGCUAUGAGUUCAAGAAGCAAACCACAUACGCAUUCUCAGUGCCCAACAAAGAACACUCCGAGUAGCAGUGCGACCAAACAGAUAGAUGACGAAGUACACAAAUUAAAGGCGCAAAAGGUUAAGUUGCAGUGUAAGAUCAAGCUAGACUCUAUGCACUUCAGGUUAUGCAAAGCUUCACUUGAAAAGGAAAUCCUACAGCUCAGGAAAGCUGAAAGGAAAAUCAAUUUUGAGAAACACGCCCUAAUAGCUUUAAACAGGCGUCAAAAAAUGAUUAUGAAACUGAAGCAUACACAAGCUAUUACAGCUGUGAAACAGCUAAAAUUGUUGCUGGAGUCUAGGAAGAUUCCUACGCAUAAAAAUAAUGGUCCUCCAAAAGGAACAAAUGUUGGGAUUCAGGACUCUAAUUCUGAACUCCAACUAAUGACGAGGUUAAAUGCGGUACAUUCUGCCUAUGAACGCCAAAUGAAAGAAAUGCGGGAAGAGAUUAAAUUGUUUGGGUUAGAGGCAGAUACGGUGAAGGCAGAAUUGCUGAAAGAUCAAAACCCUUUGUCGUGCGAAAAUCAGGCCGCCCAUCCACUGAUCGACUCUGAGCUAAAGGAAUUGAAAGAGGAAUUCAAUAGACUCAGUUCAAUGGUCAGCCAAAUGGAAAUGACCAAGUCACAACUCAGCGAACCAAAUAAAUCUCAGGGAAAUUCGGUUGGAUCCUCCGUUUCCACAGGGAAGACUAACUACCAAACAAGCACGGAGUCAUCUCCAUCAGAAAAUUCUCUGCCAUCUCCUCCUCAAGAGCCAUCUGAGGAAAAGCAUUGUACAACUGAGGAGAGCAAAGCGAAUGUAUGUUGCUCAUGCACGAAAAAAUCUUUGUGCAAAACACUGAAGUGCCAAUGCAUGGCAAACGGAAGCGGCUGUGGAGAAUCCUGCAGAUGCAUCGCUUCCAGAUGCACCAAUAGAGAAGCAAUGCCAUCUUCGGCAAACGCAGCUCAGAAGAUUAUCCGUGACAAACAACCACUUCAUGAAGUAGGGAAUACAUUGGACGUUAAAGCAUGUGUUGGGAAAGUUGGUAAAUUGAAGAAAGAGCGGAAGCGAGCUAGCUCAUGAACAAGGAGGGGUCAUACCACAGUAAAAGAGAACAAGAAGAACCUACACAAUCUAUUGCAGAAUAUAGAACGGUUUUCUUCAUUUUGGUAAAGGGUCCGAUACGGAGUGCCGAAAAUGGAAAAUCUAGUUACGUUCGGUGAGAUUUUCGUAUGAAUUUCGGAUUCGUCGUGUGUAUGAGAGCUUUUGUUAUCCAUGUAAACACACCACCUUAAUUUGUGGGGGUUCAAGAAAAUGCCAUUGAGCUGCUUUUAUA